UUGGGCGGAGCAGCCAGCGGAAGGGGCUCGCUAAUGCCUAUCAGAAUACAAGAAAACUGAUUUUUGUUACUAGAAUCUAUAAGAACUUACACUCUGAAGAGCCUAAACAUGACUACUUACACAUUAAGUGAGAAAGUUCGCAAUUUUGCCAUUUAUACGCGACUGGUAACUAUACUACUGCAGGUUAUAUCAAAUCUGAUUAUCCCAGAUCACCAGGCAGAUGCAUUUGUCUCCCCACAAGACCCAGAGAUGAAGUCCACAUGGGGGGAUGAAAUAGUGCAGUUCCUCUUAGGUGGUUUAGUGCGUUGGGAUGCUCAAUAUUUUCUCCACAUUGCUCAGUACGGUUAUACACAUGAAAACACUCUGGCUUUCUUCCCACUAUUUCCCCUGGCAGUGCGGUAUCUAGCACAUAUCAUUGGUAUUCCUCUGCAGUUUGUUUGUAGCUAUCACAGUAUUUUACUGAUUUCUGCAGUAUUAUUGAAUUUCUACUUAUUUAUCAAGACUGCAGCUGUUUUUCAUAGAUUGAGUUUAGUGGUGCUGAAAAAUGAGAUACUUGCAUACCGAGCAGCAUUGCUGUUUUGUAUCAAUCCUGCAAGCAUAUUUUUCACAGCCCCAUACUCUGAAGGAUUGUUUGCAUUCCUUACAUUUUCGGCAUUAUUAACAAAUGAAAAAAGAAGCACUUCAGUUGCGGCAUUGCCUUUUGGACUCGCCUCUGCUGGUAGAUCAAAUGGGCUCGUCAAUAUUGGGUUCAUCCUCUACAGGAAGCUUCUGGAUUGUUCAAAUUAUUACUACAAGAUUCGAAAUGCAACAACAGAAUCAGGGCAGCUGUCUCUGCUGAUAGUAGUGAUCCUUACCUUCAACUAUACACUCAUUCCACUCUUCAUUGGAUGUUUCCUGGUUGUCCUUCCAUUUGUCAUCUUCCAGACCUGGUGCUAUUUUACAUACUGUCAUAAGGAUGGAACUUCAUCAACUCUGGCUCCACAUCUAGAAAUGUAUGUGCGCGCAAACUUCUUGCAUUCACCAGUUAUGGGUGAAGCAGAAUGGUGUGAUAACACACCACCCAUUGCCUAUUCAUAUGUGCAGGACAAAUAUUGGGAGGUUGGACUUCUUCGAUAUUACGAAGUCCGUCAAGUUCCUAACUUCAUGCUGGCUCUACCAGUUGUCAUGAUUGUUAUUUGUCAUGCAGCUCUGUACAUGGUAGAUAACCCACAGGUAUGCUGGGGUCUGGGAAUUCCUCAGCCAGUGGGAGAUAAGCCUUCGAGUCGGAGAAAGCAAGCCCUAACAUGGCCUGAGGAAGGCAUCAACUCCUGGCGUGUGUUUGUUUACACAGCCCACUCUCUCAGCCUGUGUGCUUUCUGCGUACUCUGUAUCCAUGUCCAAGUAACAACAAGACUGCUGUGCUCUAGUUGCCCAGUUGUGUAUUGGUUUGCUGCACACAUGCUGACUGACCAACCCAAAAAUGUAAAUGAAAAAUCAUCAAAGAAGAAUCUGAUUGUCCAUGCUGAGACUCCUGCCAACCUAAACAGCUUCUCUCAAGUAUCAUUACUCUCAGAGUUUCCAAAGACAUUCUGGGGUCAGUUCAUUAUUUCCUACUUUCUGCUGUAUUCACUUGUUGGUGUAGUUCUUUAUUCAAACUUUUUACCUUGGACUUAAGGAAGGCAUAUGGGGAAACAUUCCUGCUAGUCAUGUAAAAGUAAUGUACCAUAUUGUUAAAUAUUUCUAAGCACAAUUUUCAUUUUAUUGACACUUUUCAGUGAAAAUGUACUAGUCAUGUAUAUUGAAUUGAACAUUGUUGUUCUGUUACUUAUUUGUAUAAUGAAAAUAACUCCUGCCAGUAAUAUAAGAAUCUUUAUUAAUACUUUAAAAUAUUCCACUUUUGUCAUUUAAAUUGUUCAAGUAAAAUUUGUCAAAUGCCAGAGACAAAAACUGCUGGUUUCUGUUUUUUGUUCAUUUGUAUUAUUAUUAUUGCUAAUGCAGCAUUCUAUUACCAGGCACUACAUGAGAAUAUUUUGGCAUUGGUUUCUGUGUUUAAAACUUAUCCAUAUAGGGAUGGAAAUUGCAUGUUGCUGGAUAAACUACAUGGUUUUAUUGUUGUCUUAAUGGGACUGUCUAACAAUAUGCCCAAAUGUUCCCAAUUUUUUUUACCUAAAUAUAAUAAUAAUAAGGUGAUUGAGGUAAUAAGGUGAUUUUAAAAUUAAUUGUAGAUUAUAGAGUUGUGCUUCUUUUGAGCUAUAUUUCUUAAAGUUAACUCUCCAGCGGGAUAAUUUACCCCUUUCAGAUGCAGGAAAAUUUCCUAAAAUUUUUGUAGGGUGAAUAACUCGUACACCAUUGCUCAGAAGGACAUGACAGUAAUAUCAUAAAGUCUGCUAAUCCUUGCCACCAAUUUUGUCAUUUCCUUUUAGUUCUUUAGACAAUGUUUUUUCUAAAAAAUGCAAAAACAAUUGCCUCUUUAUUUCUUUAGAAAAUACAAGAGAGGUACCGGGUAACUGGUUUUGAAUAUAUCUUCAUCAGAAAUACAUGAUAUAUUUGAAACCGUUAAAUACAUCAUUAUAAGGAUAUUCAUUCUCAUUCAUACCUUUUCUACAUAUGUCAACAUGAAUACGUUUCAUCUCUGUACUUCUCUUUUUUCAAAAAAGAUUUUUUUUUUUUUUUUAAUAAUUUGAUUGCAUUUGGAUUCUCUUUCUAACAAAAGAAAGAGCUUUGACAUCGAGAUAGUGUUGUUGGAACCUCCCUUGCUUCCAAAAGUUAAUCAUGAGAAAAUGAUAAUUUAAGGCAUUUUUCUUUGUUACUCUUAUUCUUAUUUUUUAUUGCAUAAUACUAAAUUGUAAUUUUAUUUCUUGUAUAAAACGAAAUGUGAAAAGACCUAUUCUAGAAAUCCACAUUUAUGGAAUUCCUUAGAUGCAAUUAUUAAAUAUAAAAUCAUAUAAACUUCAUAACACAAAUCUCCAGGCAGCCACGCGCAGGCCAUAUUUCAAGCAUGCAGUGGCUCUAACAAUUGAAUUUCCUACUGGUUUUGUUUGGGUCUUUCCUUUAGUUUUUGUACAUAUUCUAAUCCAUAUCCAUGCUGUGGGAACCAUAAGAAUGAACAAAAGUAUGAAAAUGAGUGAAAAACUGCGAACAGAUAAUUGUGAUGAUACACAUUAUUCAGGAGAGGAAAAAUAAUUGCAACAUAUUUUUUGCAGAGGGGUUUUCUAGGCAUGCCCAGGCAUAGAACUGCUCUUAGCUCUGUUUCACCUAUACCUUUCCAGACAGUCCCCUUUAGGCAGCAAAGUAAAAAAAAAUCACAUGUCAGUUUAAUAUGAAACUCAAAUAUCAGCUUUUGUUUCUGAAAUCAGGAAUAGAGGUAAAAGAUUCCUGUUACUCAGGAAAUAUUUUGCAAGAUUUAUUUGAAUGCUAUUUUGAUAUUAUCGCAUUUAAAAGAUAAUCACAUGAUGGAGCUGAUGUUAGGAAUAACUGUGGAAUAGAAUAUAUAAUAAAGCAACAGAGGUAAUUUAUGAGAAUAUAAAAAAGACAGAUAAUCCAUUAGUAUUACAAAUAAAAUAUGCUGAAAAAAGUUUUGAUUAUGGCUAACAGAAAAACAACAGAUUACAACAUUUCUAGAUUUUAUUAUUAUUAUUAUUAUUCUGUAGAAGCGGAACAGAUGUUGGGAGACGGCUCUCGCCCGCUUACGCAUUGGCCACACUCGUCUAACACACUCCCAUCUAAUGUCACAAUCCCAUCCACCCCUAUGUUCCCUAUGUAAUGUCCCUCUUUUAGUUCCACAUAUUCUGUUGUCAUGCCCAUGUUUUGAUGCAGCCCGUACCUCUGCUUUCCCCCGCCUUUCCUCCCUUCACUAACCUCCCAACUUAUCAUACAUCCUUACAGAAUCUAACACUCUCUGCUUUGACAACCUGUUUUCCUUCCUCAAACGCAUAUACAUCCUUCACUUGAUCUAACCCCUUUACAUCAUCUUACCUAACCUUAGCCCAUUCACUCGCUGAUUCCUUUGCCCAGCUUUGACAACUAAUCACUAACUCAACCACCUUUCACUAUCUUUUUAUAGUGCUACAUGACCUUAGAUGUCUAGCACAUUUAUUUUCCUUUAACCAUUAACCAUUCUGUAGAACCAAAUAAAAUGUCAUAGAGAUGUGUUGACAAUUUAGUAUAAGGUCAAAGACCUUAUAACUCAUUACAUAUUAAAAAAAAAUAUAAUAACUUGCCACAAGGUAUAUGUAAUGCCCACUGACUUUGUUUUAUGAAUUGUGUUUAUUCAUAGAUUGCUCUUCAAGUGUUCAACCACCAAGGAGUCAAUAAGUAGCCGUAUAUGACUUCUCAUGUAAAUUUUCGCUCAGGGAGUAUAUAUUUACCUUGCUCUAUGCACAUAUGGCUAUGGCAUACAUUUAUUUUCAGCAUUUGAGACAAAUGCUGUAAUCCCACAUUUGAGGGACUAUAGCUCUUGAACUACCACAGCAAGAGCCAAAAAGGUGAACAAAUGUUUUGGGUGCACAACAUGGAGCUGGCUCACCACACAUGCUGUGUUUCUUACCAACCAGCUUUUGGUUUUGGCUCAUUAGGGCAAGAAUAGAUGCACACCAAAAAUAUUGAAUUGAUAUUAAUUAAUUAAUAUUAAUGAUGUUAUUAUUAUUAGUGACAUCAUGAUUGUUAUAAUGUAAUUAACAAUACAAAUAGCAAUAUUAAGAAAGAAUAUUUCUGAAAAUGAAGGAAAAUGGUGAACAGGCCAGAUAGAUAUUAAUCGACUCCUUAGUGACAAUGUGGACCCAUCAAUCUGUAAGUACAAUUAAUAAACUAAAGACAUUAUAGGCCUGGCAUGUACAUACAUCUCAUAAUUGGCAACAGUGGGUUAAAUGAAUGUAUGAAAAUUGCAAAUAGAUGCUUUUUUCAUUCAAGUUGUGAUUUUUAAAAUCAGUUUUACAUUCCAAGAUAGAAAAUACAGAGAGAAAUCACAAAAGUUUUUUAUCAGCUUUCCUUUUCUACACAAACAAAGGAAUAUACAAACACUAAUGUGUAUAACCUUAAAUGAUUUUAAGAUAAGCAAUUCCUUAUUAUCUUCCAGCACAGUCCUGAUUUGACAUCGGAAUUAAUGUUUUUUAAAAUGAAAACUACUUCAUUAAUGGGCAGAUGAACAUGAAAACAGAAUGCUCUAGAAGUUCCAUAAGAACAGUUUCAACAAUUUACUCAUAAAACUAAGAUUUUAGAGAUUACUCUGUAAAAUAGGAAAAGCAGAUAAAAGGUUAAUGAUGCUAAGAAAGGUCUGAUGCCUGAAGAUGAACAAAGUGUAAUAUCUAAGGCUACUAAGAUUGCCACUAGAGUUAGGUUUAAUCUGUUCAACAUCUUUCAUUAAUUACUGUUUUAUACAUACUAACAGUAUUACAUUUUCUAGAAUACUUAUUUAGUUUUUAUGCUUCAGCAUUUAUCACAUCCUGUAGCCAAAGUUUAUAAUAGUUGUCACAACCUUUGAGAGUUACAGUAAGUCAAACUGUUCAAGUCAUUGAAAAAAGUCAAACUACUGUUGGGUGGAAAUGCACAAUAGGUAAUAUGUUGUGCACCUUAUCUCUAUGAAAAAGGUAAAAUAUAAAUAAUAAUAGUAGUGUCAGUUUUAGUAUCCAGGCAUACACUUUUCUCAUAUUAAUGAAGCUGGUGUACCACUCUUAACUUCUAAGUAUGUGCAUGGUCUGUAACAUUAAUUAACUUUACUGAGGACUUUAUUUCAUUAUUAUUAUCCAUUGAUAACCAUCCAUUUUAAAUAUCUUGUAACUAAGGUCACUGAUUUUUCUAGUAAAGGUACUUUUAAAUGCACUUCCCAUUUAUGUUUAGCUAUGUUCUUAUGUCUUCUCUCCAUUAUUUACAUUUUAUAUAUGAAUUGAUCUAUAGAACAUACAAUGGUAUAUUUAAAAAAAAACUUUCAUUAUUAUGCAGUAAAUUAAGAAAUGGCUGAACUGGCAACUUCUCAAUUUGUGCUAACAAGUGUGCUACAGAAUGCUAUGUUAAGACGUUGUUUAUAUUUGUACUUUUUAUUUAAUUUUUCAUAUAUCUCACACAUACCUUUUAUAAGAGAUGCACAUAAAAUGAAAGUUCAAAUGACUUUUUUAAGAUUUUAGGGUGAACUACUACAUUUAGAUGUGAAAUUCUACUGUUUAUUAAUCAUUGAAAAAUAAAUAGUAUACCUUCA